AAUUAGACAUCUUAAUCCAACCACAAAUAAACAAACAUAACCAAAUCAAUUACAAGAUCAAAUUAAACAGAAAUCCAAUAGAAUUAAGCAAAGCCCACUAAGAAAAAACAUGUGAAUCUGAAUAACUUCAUUCACUAAGCUUCAACUUUCCAAGUCAUCCUUCCACCAUUCCUUUGUCUUUUUGUUCACCGCUAUAACACAUUCCAAUGCUUUUCUUCUUCAUCUUGCUUCAUUAAUUCCUCAUUUCCUUUAACACACAGUCCCAUAAUAAUGGCGGAUUGGGGUCCGGUUUUUGUGGCGGUGGUGCUCUUUGUUCUCUUAACUCCUGGACUGUUGGUUCAGAUGCCGGGCAAGAACCGGUUCGUUGAAUUUGGGAAUUUUCAGACCAGUGGAGUCUCCAUUCUGGUUCAUUCCAUUCUCUAUUUUGCGUUAAUUUGCAUCUUCUUGUUGGCUGUUCAUGUUCAUGUUUGUUUUGUGAAUUACGAUAUCUGUGAAAGUAUGUCGGAUUGGGCACCAGUGGUGAUCGGAGUUGUACUGUUCGUACUGCUUUCGCCGGGGCUUCUGUUUCAGUUUCCGGGGAAUAAUCGGCAGUUUGAGUUCGGGAGCAUGAAGACCAACGGCAAGGCUGUCGCUAUACACACGCUUAUCUUCUUCAUCCUCUACUCCGUCUUCAUUCUCGCUCUCCAUGUUCAUAUCUACACUGGCUGAUUCGGUAACCUCUUUUUCAUGUCUCUCUUCCGUUUUCAUUCCAGAUUCUUACCAACUGAUGCUGCUACAAUCUUGCUGAUGUUUGUGCCGCCUCUUGUGUUGUAUUUCUUUUUGAAGCGGAUCUUGUUUGAUCUGUCUGUAUUUGCUAUUUGUGUAGUUGGAGAUUCGGAAGAUAUAAAAGGCAUUUUGUAUGUUAAUUUGGUUUUUACGUACGCCUGUCCCUCCAUUGCUAGUAUAGAUCUAAUUACAUCGAACAUCGAACAUUGAGCUCUGUAGCUACUCUUUCUCAUCGAGAAGUUUCUUUUUC